GGACCGCGAGCGCGGCGAGGAGCAUGGGGAGAGCGGCCGCCGCAGGAGGAGGCGCCGGAGGGGCGCGCCGCUGGCUCCCGUGGCUGGGGCUCUGCUUCUGGGCGGCGGGGGCUGCGGCUGCCCGAGGAACUGACAAUGGCGAAGUCCUCCCUGAGUCCAUCCCCUCAGCUCCUGGGACCCUGCCUCAUUUCAUAGAAGAGCCAGAUGAUGCUUACAUCAUCAAGAGCAACCCCAUUGCACUGAGGUGCAAAGCAAGGCCGGCCAUGCAGAUAUUCUUCAAAUGCAAUGGCGAGUGGGUCCAUCAAAAUGAACAUGUCUCUGAGGAGAGUCUGGAUGAGAGUUCAGGCUUGAAGGUCCGGGAGGUGUUUAUCAACGUUACCAGGCAGCAGGUGGAGGACUUCCACGGGCCAGAGGACUACUGGUGCCAGUGUGUGGCAUGGAGCCACCUGGGGACCUCCAAAAGCAGGAAGGCCUCCGUGCGCAUAGCUUAUCUACGGAAAAACUUUGAACAAGAUCCACAGGGAAGGGAGGUUCCCAUCGAAGGCAUGAUAGUGCUACACUGCCGACCGCCCGAGGGUGUCCCUGCUGCUGAGGUGGAAUGGCUGAAAAAUGAGGAGCCCAUUGACUCUGAGCAAGAUGAGAACAUUGACACCAGGGCUGACCACAACCUCAUCAUCAGACAGGCACGGCUCUCGGACUCAGGCAAUUACACCUGCAUGGCAGCCAACAUCGUGGCCAAGAGGAGGAGCCUGUCAGCCACAGUAGUGGUUUAUGUGAAUGGAGGCUGGUCUUCCUGGACAGAGUGGUCAGCCUGCAAUGUUCGCUGUGGUAGAGGAUGGCAGAAACGUUCCCGGACCUGCACCAACCCAGCUCCUCUCAAUGGUGGGGCCUUUUGUGAGGGAAUGUCAGUGCAGAAAAUAACCUGCACUUCUCUUUGUCCUGUGGAUGGGAGCUGGGAAGUGUGGAGCGAAUGGUCCGUCUGCAGUCCAGAGUGCGAGCAUUUGCGGAUUCGGGAGUGCACAGCGCCACCCCCAAGGAACGGGGGCAAAUUCUGUGAAGGGCUGAGCCAGGAAUCUGAAAACUGUACAGAUGGUCUCUGCAUUCUAGAUAAAAAACCUCUUCAUGAAAUAAAACCCCAAAGAUGGAGUAGGAGAGGCAUUGAGAAUGCCAGCGACAUUGCUCUGUACUCGGGCUUGGGCGCUGCUGUGGUGGCCGUUGCAGUCCUGGUCAUUGGCGUCACCCUUUAUAGACGGAGCCAGAGUGACUAUGGCGUGGACGUCAUUGACUCUUCUGCAUUGACAGGUGGCUUCCAGACCUUCAACUUCAAAACGGUCCGUCAAGGUAACUCCCUGCUCCUGAACUCUUCCAUGCAACCAGACCUCACGGUCAGCCGAACGUAUAGCGGGCCCAUCUGCCUCCAGGACCCUCUGGACAAGGAGCUCAUGACAGAGGCCUCACUCUUUAACCCUUUGUCCGACAUCAAAGUCAAAGUUCAGAGCUCAUUCAUGGUGUCCCUGGGCGUGUCUGAGAGAGCCGAGUACCAUGGCAAGAAUCAUUCUGGGACUUUUCCCCACGGAAACAACCGCAGCUUUAGUACAAUGCAUCCCAGAAAUAAAACACCCUACAUCCAGAAUCUGUCAUCACUCCCCACAAGAACAGAACUGAGGACCACUGGGGUCUUCGGCCACUUAGGAGGACGCUUAGUCAUGCCAAAUACAGGGGUGAGUUUACUCAUACCACAUGGCGCCAUCCCAGAAGAGAAUUCUUGGGAGAUCUACAUGUCCAUCAACCAAGGUGAACCCAGCCUCCAGUCAGAUGGAUCCGAGGUGCUCCUGAGUCCUGAAGUCACCUGUGGCCCCCCAGACAUGAUUGUCACCACUCCCUUUGCAUUGACCAUACCACACUGUGCGGACGUCAGUUCUGAGCACUGGAACAUCCAUUUAAAGAAGAGGACACAGCAGGGCAAGUGGGAGGAAGUGAUGUCAGUGGAGGAUGAAUCCACAUCCUGUUACUGCCUUUUGGAUCCCUUUGCAUGUCAUGUGCUCCUAGACAGCUUUGGGACAUAUGCCCUCACUGGAGAGCCAAUCACAGAUUGUGCCGUGAAGCAACUCAAGGUGGCUGUUUUUGGCUGCAUGUCCUGUAACUCUCUGGAUUACAACUUGAGAGUCUACUGUGUGGACAAUACCCCUUGGGCAUUUCAGGAAGUGGUUUCAGAUGAAAGACAUCAAGGUGGACAGCUACUGGAAGAGCCAAAGUUGCUGCAUUUCAAAGGGAACACCUUCAGUCUUCAGAUCUCUGUCCUGGAUAUCCCUCCAUUCCUCUGGAGAAUCAAACCAUUCACUGCAUGCCAGGAAGUCCCAUUCUCCCGCGUGUGGUGCAGUAACUGGCAACCCUUGCACUGUGCCUUCUCCCUGGAGCGCUACACGCCCACCACCACCCAGCUGUCCUGCAAAAUCUGCAUCCGGCAGCUCAAAGGCCAUGAACAGAUCCUCCAAGUGCAGACAUCCAUCCUAGAGAGUGAAAGAGAAACCAUCACUUUCUUUGCACAAGAGGAUAGCACUUUCCCUGCACAGACUGGUCCCAAAGCCUUCAAAAUCCCCUACUCCAUCAGACAGCGGAUCUGUGCUACAUUUGAUACUCCCAAUGCCAAAGGCAAGGACUGGCAGAUGUUAGCACAGAAAAACAGCAUCAACAGGAAUUUGUCUUAUUUUGCUACACAAAGUAGUCCAUCUGCUGUCAUUUUGAACCUGUGGGAAGCUCGUCAUCAGCAUGAUGGUGAUCUUGACUCCCUGGCCUGUGCCCUUGAAGAAAUUGGGAGGACACACACGAAACUCUCCAACAUUGCAGAAUCCCAGCUCGAUGAAGCCGACUUCAACUACAGCAGGCAAAAUGGACUCUAGUCCACGAUCGCUCAUGAGACAGUGAUGGCCAGCUUCUGGACAUUUGCUUUAAAUGGGAAAGAGACAGCUUUCUGCCCAGUGGCAUUUGGAGAAUUCGGCCUUCAUUUACAAUCAGUGAGAAUCCCUGGUUGAAGAAACUGAAUUUUAUAUAGGUAUAAUAUGUUAAUAGGGAAGAGUACAAGCUCUCUUAAAUAUAAGAGGGCUCUACUGUCUCAUCUGAAUCCACACUUGGGUUCACACUUGAUGAACUUUCUGAGCUUUGGAGUGGUAAGGAUAAAGUGAGGGCAUAGUUAGAUCAAAGCAAUUGUGGGGGAAAGAUGAGCUACAAUAAAGCCAGGAAGGCAAAGAUUGAAUCGUGCAUGUCUCAAAACAGGUUUUUAAUGAUGUGCCCCAAAGGGCCAGCUGAUUCUGGUACCAGAUUGUCAGGCUUGUCUACCAACUGGCAUCCAGUGAUGUCAACAAUCAUUGUAAAACUGGCUUUUCUAAGUGAAAUGGGGUUGCCAACCCAUUCGUAGGACUUUGGUAAUGUCAAGGAAGGCAUUUAGAAUUUAGACUCUGAGUACAUCACACCAGCACCGAUUCUCUAUUUAUCCUAACCACUUAAUGGAAAUAAGAUCAGAAGGUAAGAUGGACCACAAACUAGUUCUUGCUGUGUAUGCCACCUUCAUUCUCUCCCAGAGACAAAUCUACCCACAUUCUUUCUUCCCCUUCCUUACCUAGAACAUAGGAGUGGUUUCAAGGAGGCUAAUUACUUCUCAAUAUGGAAAUUUACUUCUCCUAACUCAACAAUGCAGAACCCUCUAUUCCCAGCCCAGCCACUCAAGGUGCAAAGUGCUAUUAGAACACAGCUUAUUACUUGGAUUUGGGGGGAGGGAGUAUCAAAUCGAGCCCAAAAUAGGACAGGGACUGCAGAUGCCAAAGGCCUCAGAUAAGCUAUAAUUCUAGGAUAGAGGUGUUGACCCAUUCUCUAAACAUUUUUAUGAGGGGAUGAGGGGUCCUGUUCUACUUUUCAAUCCAGGUUCUUGAAAAUUUCUAGCCACCUUGAUACUAUGUUGUCACAAAAUCUUUCCAUAGGGCUAUAGGGCAUCCUCCUUCUGCUUCUGCUUCUUGGAAAAUUAGCAGAUAGUCUUUGGUCUAAAUGAUAGGAGUAAAUAGACAUGAGGAAUACGGUCUACCACAAUGUCCCAGAAACCACAUGCAUUGUUCUGGAAGCUUUUAAGCUCUGAUUACUCAACCUCACUAGGUAUGCUUUCUCUACAGGAUUAUUAAUAUGGGACUCUUGCUUUAUGGUUCUUUAAAAAAAAAUAGGCAAUGAUGUUGUGGAGAAUUGAAGUCCACCAAUAAUUCAUGAAACUCACCUUAACAUUUUACUCCAUCUUUUAUCCUAUAAAAUAGUUUUUGAAAAGAUGUCCUGGCAGACUAAAGAUGUGCCGAUCUGUUCCUGAUCAUCUUCUGGUGGAUGUUUUAAUCAGCUGCCCACAAUCAGAACAGGCGAGGUCAAGGACCUAGAUUAUCUACAAGACUGAUCAGCUACUUAGAGGCUGGCUACAUUAAAAUAAAAUCUAGUCAGGGAAUGGGGGUGUUGGGGAGUACUUGGCAAUGGGGUUAUGAUCAAUCUUUUUUUUUAAUGUUUUUGUAAGUCUCAUGUAAAACAAAACAAAACAAAACAAAACAUAAAUCUCCACUGAAGUAAAAAAGGCCUAGAGAUAGGUGUAAUUUAUAAAACCAUGAGUAAGGCAUUAGCAACUCUUGAAUGCAUUAGCUAUUUUCUCUAACUAAUGUGUGGUAUAGGUCUCCUAUAUUGGAUGAAAGGCUUUGCUACAUGAAAUUCAAAAGCAUCUUGCUUUUCUCAGGAGCCAAAGGCAUAUCAUAUAGAACAAACAAAUCCUCUUAGAACUGCUGAGCAUAUUUUCAAAAUACCUCUCUAGAUCAAGCAAAGACCCUUUUGCUAACGUGCUCUACUUAUUUAUUCCUUCUGAUGAGCAAAGAGAAAGCAGAAGAGGGUAAAUCAUCUGACACCCUUGCUAGCAUUUCUGGAAGAGCAAGAAUGUUGCUCUUCCAGAGAACAACGUUGAAAUUGAUGGUCAGUCACCCAAAGUAAACUAGAGAGUUUAUUGGCAUGGUAGUAUACAGAAAGAAGCUGCGUUGAUUUUAAUAAUAAUUUGCAGGAAACAUCAGAGAGAACUUUUGUAAGUUUCCACCUUGGAGGACUUUUGUUUUAAAACAAACCAUCCUACCCAUUUUUCCUUUUCCUUUAUAACUGGCCUUAUAUGAUUGCUUCAUAUAACCCGAGAAUCCACAUAGAUCCUUUUUAGAUCUGAUAUGUUUUUAAUAUCUUAAAAAAUUUAAUAUCUUCCCUAGAAUCUAGAUCAUUUUAAGCUAAGAGAUUAUCAUCCACCCCUCAACGUCUAGAAUUUCCAACCAUGGGCUUUUUUUUUUUUUUUUUCUGGUGGGAGGGUGGCUUGAUUUUUAUAAAUUCACAAGAUCAUCAUACCAUAUUGAACAACAAAGGAAGCAAAUUAACACAAUUCGCUGCUGACUUCAGCCUAAGGUUCGAAUCCAUCUUUCAACCUAUUUUACUCCUUCUUUUCAUUUCUUUUAUUUCUGCUAGCAUCCUACAUAGGAUUUCUACAGGAAUAUGUGAAAUUCUGUGGCUGUUGCACAUCAGGAUCCUAUUUUACAGUAGAAUUCCAAAGAGAACCUAUGUUUGCGAGAUUUACCGACAUGGUUGGGGAGUCGGGGUGUCAGGGAAGAGCGGAAAUCACAGAUCAGAUGGACUUCACUGACACUUGAACUUGUGGUUACUCACUGUGACCUUAAACCCUUUUUCUAUUUUAAUAUUUUCCCAUCACAACACCAAUGCCCCUCUAGAAAGAGAUUCACUUGUCAGUACAUGUGCUUACCUUAGAAGUCUUAUUGUCCUAGUGUAAAAGGAACCAACACAUGAAAAAUGGGCUUGAAUACUUGGCAGGUUGCUUAAAAUUUUUACAAAAUAUCCCAUUUAGUGCCAAAUCUUUCAGUCCUCAAAGGCAUUUAAGUCUAAUGGUCAUGCUUUAAACAGGACUUCAAAUUAUGCCACCAAAAGGUACACUUCACAGCUGUACCAGACUGCCGCUGCAUCGUAAAGUUAAUUUACAGUUUUUACAACAUUGCUUGUGCAGUCUUACCAGUUUACAUCAAAAUCCUUUAAGCCAAAAGGAAGCUCACUCUAUGGAUUUAAAUGCAAACUUCAUUUACUGGUGCAGAAAGUCUCGUAAAACUCAGAUGUACUCCCACAAAAAUUUUAUUGGCCUUUUUGUAAGAGAUGAAUAGGAAUUGACACAAUUCUCUUUAAAGAGGGGAAAUUUUCUCUCUCUUAUUAUUUUUAUCUCCAGAUGCAGGUGUUCUCCUGUGCCAUGGUCCCUACGUUUUUCUUUCAGUUGACUUUGAGAAGGGUUAUUAAGUCAGAUGACUAAACCAGGGUUCUCUUUGGAUUAAAAGUUCUGGAUUCGUUGCCCCUAUUUUCCUUGAGAAAAAUUCUCAACAUCACAAAGUGGAAUAUGAAAAUGGUAUAUAGAUCUUCCUCGACUUAUGAUGGGGUCAUGUCCUCACAAACCCAUCGUAAGUCAAAAAUAUAGUUAAAUCAAAAAUACCACAGCCGAUAGCCUAGCUGAUGCACACUCAGACCAUGGGCAUUAGCCUCAAGUUGGGCAAAAUCAUCCAACACAAAGCCUGCUUUGUAAGGAAGUGUCGAAAAUCUCAUGUCAUUGAUCAAAUACUGUACUGAAACAAACAACGGAAUGGUUGCCAGCAUCCUGCUGGUCUACCCUUGAGAUGUCAUGGCUGACCAGGUGGGGGGCGGUGGCUACCCGGGGCCCAGCCAGCAUCACGGGAGAGUCAUCCCUCAUAUCGCUAGCCCAGGAAAAUAUCCAGAUUCAAAGUUGCUAGGACAGUUUCUACUGAAUACCUAUCACCUUUGGACCAUCGUAUAAAGUCAGAACAUUGUCAGUUGAACUGUCAUAACUGGGGGACCAUCUGUAAUGGAUUUUAGAUAGUAUUCUCCACUUGCCAAACCUCUGGCAAAUUUACCCAUGGAUUUCAAACUGUGAGAAGAUCAUUGAACGUGCUUGCUUUUCCUUUUGCCAUUUUCACCACAAUCCCUUAGUCCUUCUGUAAAGGUGUGAAAUAAUCACUCUCAGAUGUGGUGAAGGUGAAAUUCCCUCCAAGGUCUCUGUCCCAGAUCUGGGAAGGUCAUGGGAACCUGACGGGGCUGAAAUACUUGCUUCUUAUGGCCCCUCAUGGGGUCCAUUUCCAUUACUUUUCCUCAUGAAACAUUGCAAAGUUCUGAAUCCUGGUAUCUCCCAUUGACCGGACUAGGGGUCACAUCUGCAGCAAAUGGGAGAGCAAAAUGUUGUCCUACAGAUAGUGACAAAAUUUUAUUAGCCCUUCAGUGUUAGUUGCCAUAGCGCUGUAUUUGAAAAAUCGAUGCUGUAGCCAAAAGCUGAACGGCCACCCUUUUCCGCAGCUUCCACUGUUUUGUCUGCAUAGAGUUUUCCUGAACUACAAGCAAAAUGUAUUUUGUCGAAUGUCACAAAGUGAAAAUGUUGCUAAUAUUAGACGUGUUACAUAUUUUGUGUUUUUACUUUCCAUACUCUUUCAAAAGCUGCAGUUCUAAAAGCUGUUUGGCUGUAUGGACAGCAUGUGGUGUUCUUUGCAAAAGCAAUUCUAGGAGAGCCAGCGUCUACCAUGGACUCCUCACAUCCCCAUUCCAGGGUCAUCAGCAAAAGAGCAAAAUGGCAAUUUUGUGUGCUAUGUUUUUUUUCAAAAGAUAAAAAGGGGAUGGAAAUUAGACCUGGCUGUUAGUCACUAGUGUGUAGUACUGUGAUCUGAAGUAGGAAAUUUAACUCACAUAGAAUAAUUGUGGUGUUUGAAGCAGCUACUUUGCUUUUUCCUUUUGCUGUGAAGAUCAUGGAUUUGGAAUGUCCUCAUGAGGUGGACCUAAGACGGUGACAGUGAACUUCAUGUCUUAGGGUCCACCCUCCAUCUGAACCCAAAGAUUAAAAAGGCAGUAAGCUUCAUGUUUAGGCCUAAGCUUAAAAAUAUCCUCCCCCACCCCUAUGAUUGAGUUGGGCAGAGGAUACAUCCUCCUUUCCAAAAAGUUACCGCCUUGAAUUAUAAAAUGGAUCACUAAAUUGGGUAAAGUAACUCUUGCAUGAGUGGAAAUGUGUGUUAAGUACUUUUACAAAAAAGGCAUGAUUGUGACAGAAAUGUCCUUUUGCCUCAAAUCUUGCUAACCCCAAAGAGUGUUUCCCUAUUGCAGGCAUUAUUUACAUACAAAUUCCAAAAUGGCAUAAAUUGUAUAAGUACCUUCAAAUUAAAGAGAUACAAGAGGUAGAGAUUUAACAAUGGUUCUAUUGAAUUAUGGGAAGAUGAUAUUUUAAGGGAAUCGUAAGCAGAAUAUCUUGCCUUAUGACCCGCAUCACUGAAACAGACAUUACAAUCACAAAUAGAUCUAAUAAUUCCAAUAUCCCUCCAUUAGCGAACUCUGAUGAUGCUAAAGUAAGAUCACCUCUUACAGGGAGGCUGUGAUCUAAGCUUCAUCAGAGUGUAGUUAAAAAAUUUCAAUCAGAAACCCUCUAGAGGGACCAGUCUCAAUCAUGCAGGCCCUUCCCAUUCAACACAUUUCUAUAAGAAGGUGAAACUCAUUGUGGGAAUUUUCUGGUCAGGAAAACAAUUCUCUCCUUUCUAAAUUGGAAUUAAGACAGAUUUUAAAUUUCCCAUUCUUCACAGUUGUUUCUAAUUGGUACACGCAAGACAGUGUCCCCCCAGAAAUAGUGCAGAUAGAAGCAAUUAGAGGAAAACUGGCUUAUUCUCCUGACCCAAACUCAACAAAUCUGAGUAACUGUUUACCUCCAUUUCUGUAUGAAGAACUUUAAAACAAAUUUCGUUUUCUUCUGUUUAUUUUGGGAAAGUACAUGGAGGAGGAGCGGUGGUUUUUUUCGUGAUUCAUAUCUCCAACCCAUACCACUCUCAACUUUUAUUUGAUGUGUUCAAAGCCAGAAGAAAAAAAAAAAAAAAAAAAAGCAGAACUGAACACUUAAAUUGACAUGAAGCUGAAGGAGUGAGCAAGCCAGAGGAGAGUUUGAAUAAAGCAUGGCCUUGGCUUCAUACCACACUUUUUGUGCCUUGUAUUAUCAAUGUAAAUUCUGAAUGUUGUACAGUAAAUACUUGGAUGGACUUCUUAGAAAAGGCUGCACUGGCUUCUUUUUCAGCACAUGUACAUAUCUAUAAAUAUAUAUACAUAUAUAUUUGGUAAUGCCAAACAGCUGUGUUAUAUUGUACUGAACAAAAUGGACCGUUUGGAUGUUUUAUGUAGAGUUUGCAAAAAAAAAAAAAAAAAAAACAAAAAAAAACAACAACAAACAACUGGAUGGUUACAGACUUUUCAAGAUAAAUGUACAGACGUAAAUUACCGCAUAUCAGUUAUUUAUGAAUAAAGAGUCUUUUAUUGACAUUUUAGGAUA